CCCGAGCCUCCCCGGCGCCCCGCCCUCCCUUAAACCUCAGGGGGCGGAGCCCCAGGACGCUUCCGGGGCCUCGGGUGCGCGGGGCGACGCCGGCCCUGCUGCGCGUGCGCCGUGUCCCCUCACCGCGAGGAGGGCGGGUCCCACUCCUGCUUCCGGGCGGCGCGGCGGCGGGAGGUGGGAGUCCGGUGCUCGUGGCGGCGCGGCCGUGGGGCCUCUUCCCGGGGCUCCCCCUCCGCGCGCCCGGUGAGCUCGCCUGUCCCCGCGGGCCCCCGCCGGGUGCCGGGCCUGUGCGCAGACCCAGCCCCCUGCGGGGCGGAGCCGGUGCCCACGGUCCCCGAGCCCCGCGUCCCCGCGUCCGUCCUGAGACCCGGGCCCGGAGGGCGGCCUGGGCCCCGUGUCAGGUUCCUGCCCGCGGCCGGCGGGGAGCCGGGGGAGGCCCUGCCGCCGGCUGCCCGCGCAUCUUCUCCGGGGCCGUGAGCCGUGCCCGCACAGCGCCCGGUAAAGGAGGAGCCCGAGCAGCCCGAGGCCGAGGCGGAGAUGGCGGCCGCCCAGGGACUGUUGACCUUCGGGGACGUGGCCGUCAGGUUCUCCCAGGAGGAGUGGAAAUGCCUGGCACCUGCCCAGCGGGCCUUGUACAGGAGCGUGAUGCAGGAGAACUACAGCAACCUUGUCUCUCAGUGUCUUCUCAUUACAAAAAAGGAUUGUUACCCCAGGAAGUGAUAAAAGACUCAUUCCAAAAAGUGAUCCUGGGAAGAUAUGGGAGCUGUGACCAGAGGCAUUUACAACUGAGGACACACGGGGACAGUGAGGAGGAGCGUGAAGGGCAGGGUGGCUCUUACGAAGGAAUGCAGAGUCACAGAAGGGGUGCCCAUGACAGACACCUCCCUGUGGGUGGAGCUCAUCAGGAUGUGUCUGGGAGCAAAGCCCAACUUAAGUCAGUUCCUAUUGCCGAACAUUGUGUUACUGUGAGUGAAUGUCAUCAUCCUGUUUUGAAACAUAACUUUUCUCAAACGGACAGCUUGGAAAUUCUUAAAGCUGAGCAAGGACAUGAUUCUAAUAAUUUCAGUCAUUUUAAAUACAGCAAAGCACAAGACAUUCAGUCAUAUAAUUCCGAGGACCAAAGAUGCAAUGAGAAAAUGUGCCAGUAUGUUGAAACUGAAAAUUGUUUCAUGAAAGAUUCAUUAUUCUUUGAUCAACAGGUAAUUCCUAUUCAAUCUCAUACAUACAGUUUUCUUAACUAUCAGAGAGACUCUGUCCACCCAUCAUUGCCUAAUGAAUGUCAGUAUACAGACAGUGAGGAAAAAUCUUCCAUGUAUAAUAAAAGUAAGCAGGCCAUCAGAAAGGGCUCUCUAUUAAAUAAUUGCCAAGGUAUGUACAUUCUAGAGAGAGGAUACCAAUCUGUGGAAACUGGAAUAACCUAUAACAGAGGAUCAAGCCAUAGAGAAUAUCAGAGAAAUGAGAUUCCUGAAAACCAUUCCCCAUGUGACAAAUGUGGACAACUCUUCAAGAAAUGUGACCAAACUUCUGAACAUUUCACAAAAGUGAAUAAACAUCACAGUAUUCACACUGAUGAGAAAGCUUGCAGAUGUAAAGAAUAUGCGAAUGCCUUUAGUGAAUCUUCCCUUUUAAGCAGUCAUGAGAUGAUCCACUCUGGAAAGCAACCAAUCCAACGUGACGAAUGCAGUAAAUCGUUCACUAAUUCGUCAGCUCUUGCUGUUAGUGAGAGAAUUCCUACAGGAGAGAAACCUCACACAUGUAAAAUAUGUUGCAAAGCCUUUAAGUGGCGCUCAAGCCUUACUAAACAUGAGAGAAUUCAUUCUGGACAGAGACCUUACAAGUGUGAAGAGUGCAGCAGGUCCUUUACUUCUUCCUCAAGUCUUACUGUCCACCAGAGAAUUCAUACAGGAGAGAAACCUUACAAGUGUGAGGAAUGUGGCAAAGCCUUUACUUAUUUUGCAAGUGUUAAUGUGCAUAAGAGAAUUCAUACUGGAGAGCAACCCUACAAGUGUAGAGAAUGUGGCAGAUCCUUUAGAUGGAGCUCACAAUUUACUGAACAUCAGAGAAGUCAUUCUGGACAGAGACCUUACAAGUGUAAAGAAUGCAGUAAAUCCUUUACAUCUUCAUCAAGUCUUACUCUUCACGAGAGAACUCAUACUGGAGAGAAACCUUACAACUGUAAAGAAUGUGGCAAAGCGUUUAAGAGGGGCUCACACCUUAGUCGACAUCGGAGAAUUCAUUCUGGACAGAAACUUUUCAAAUGUGAAGAAUGCAGUAAGUCCUUUACGUGUUCCUCAUAUCUUAAUGUGCACCAAAAGAUUCAUACAGGGGAGAAACCAUACCAGUGUAAAGAAUGCGGCAAAACCUUUGCAUAUUCCUCGAGUCUUAAUUUGCAUGAGAGAACUCAUACUGGAGAGAGGCCUUACAAGUGUAAGGAAUGUGGAAAAUCCUCUCAGUGGCCUUCACACAUUAAUCAACAUGAGAGAAUUCAUUCUGGACAGAAACCUUACAGAUGUAAAGAAUGCAGCAAGUCUUUUACUACCUCUGCAAGUCUUACUGUGCACCAGAGAAUUCAUACAGGAGAGAAACCUUACAGAUGUAAAGAAUGUGGCAAAAUGUUUACUUAUUCCUCAAGGCUUAAAGUACAUGAGAGAAUGCAUACUGGAGAGAAUCCUUACAAGUGUAACAAAUGUGGCAAAUUCUUUACUUGUUCCUCAAGUCUUAAAGCGCAUGAGAGAGUUCAUAGUGGAGAGAAGCCUUACAAGUGUACAGAAUGUGACAAAGCCUUUAAAUGGGGCUCUCAACUUGCUGAACAUAAGAUAAUUCAUUCUGUGUUGAAACCUUACAAAUGCACAGAAUACAGCAAGUCCUUUACUUUUUCCUCAGGUCUUUCUGUGCAUCACGGAAUUCAUACAGGAGAGAAGCCUUACAAGUGUGAGGAAUGUGACCAAUGCUUUAAGUGGGGCUCACAACUUACUAAACAUCAGAUAAUUCAUUCUGGACACAGACCUUACAAGUGUGAAGAAUGCAGUAAGACAUUUACUUCUUCCUCAAGUCUUACUGUGCAUGAGAGAAUUCAUACUGGAGAGAGACCUUACAAGUGUGAGGAAUGUGGAAAAGGCUUUAAGCAUGACUCACACCGUCAUCGACAUCAGAGAAUUCAUUCUGGACAGAAACCUUUCAGAUGUGAACAGUGCAACAAUUCCUUUACGUCUUCCUCAAGUCUUAUUGUGCACCAGAGACUGCAUACAGGAGAGAAGCCUUACAAGUGUAAAGAAUGUGGGCAAUCCUUCACUUAUUCCUCCAGUCUUACUGUGCAUGAGAGAAUUCAUACUGGAGAGAAGCCUUACAAGUGUAAGGAAUGUGGAAAAGCAUCUCGGUGGUCCUCACACCUUAAUCAACAUCGGAUAAUGCAUUCAGGACAGAAACCUUACAAGUGUAACGAAUGCAGCAAGUCCUUUAGGACUUCCUCAAGUCUUAAUGUUCAUGAGAGAAUUCAUACUGGAGAGAAACCUUACAAGUGUAAAGAAUGUGACAAAGCCUUUAAGCGGGGCUCACACCUUAUUCAACAUCAGAGAAUUCAUUCUGGAGAGAAACCGUACAAAUGUAAUGAAUGUGGCAAAUCCUUUACUUGUUCCUCAACUCUUAGAGUGCAUGAGAAAAUUCAUAGUAGAGAGAACCUUAAAAGUGUAAAGAAUGUGGAAAAGUCUUCAGUAAUUCAUCAAGUAUAAAUAAAUGCAAGAAUAUUCUAAGUGGAGUGAAAUAACACAAGUGUAAAGAAUGGAUCAAAGCAUUUCUCCAGGCCUCAGUCCUUACUAAAUGUCAGAAAAUUCAUUCUGGACAGAAACCUUACAAAUGCAUAGCAUGCAGAAAAUUUUUUACAUGUCCCUAAAAACUUAGUCUUCAUCAGAGAAUUCAUAUGGAGAGACACCUUACAAAUAUAAAGAAUGUUGCAAAGCCUUUAUGCUGUGCUCAAGCCUUACUGCACACUAGAAAAUUCAUACUAGAGAGAAACUUGAUUUUUCCAAAGAUACAGGAAGGAGUUUUGUGUAAACUAUACAUGUAGGGAGCAUGAAAGCUUUCAUAUGGGAGAAAAGAAGCUAAAAGCUGACCAUAGCAAAGCUGUCAACUGUUUCUCACAUAAUGUACAAAUGAAAAUUCAUAGUGGAGAGAAAACAUACUGAUAUGGUUAAUACAGAAAUAAUGUGGCCAAAGAAAUUGACCUUAGAAACAUGACAGUCUUCAUAAUGGAGAGACUUUACAGGGGCAACAUACUGUUGGAAAGUAUUUAAGUGAAAAAUGUAAAGUAGCCAGGAAUAAACUACAUAAAGAAAACUCUUAAGACAUCACAUUUUUUAGAGGUUAGUCUCACAGUUAACAGGGAUCAGAUAAUUGACUUGGUAAUUUGUUUCAAUCUAAAAGGGGAUGUAUUUUCGAUAAUAUAGUGUCCUUCAUCCUCCAAUCCGGAUGCUGUUCGCAAGUUCCAGGCAGUUACCUGUGCUUCUUACCUACCAACUACAGAUUAGACAUUCCCAUGACCCUCGUUGGGUUUGACUAAUUUUCUAGAAUAACUCGCAGAACUCAGGAAAACAUAUUCUCCAGUUUAAAGAAGGAUACUGUAAGGAUACAACAGAGAUAAAGUGAUAUACAGGCAAGGUCUCCAAUAAAGGAGCUUCUGUCCUUGUGGAAGUUGGGGCCUGGCUCAGUGGCUCAUGGAGGCAUUCUGGUUCCACACGCUGAGAAGGUCUCUUCAGGGGUUUUUGUUAGGCCUUCAUUCCAUAGCCAUGACUGAGUAAAUUGUCUAUUUGCUGGUUCAUCUUCCAGCCCCCCCGCACUGGGUGGUGGUGCAAAUGUCUCAUUAACGUGACAAGCCAACCAUUUCACCUUUAAGACUGCAAAGUUUUCAGGAAAUGUGGAUGAAGAUCAAAUAUAUCUGGGAAAGAUAUAUUCAUGUGAAUGAACACAUAAUUCGUAUGAUUCCUCUCACACUGCCCCUUGAUGUUCAAAUACAAAUUCCUUACAGCAAAGUGAUCAUGCCUGUGAGAGUAAUGCCAUCUGGUAGACCAUUUCCACAACAGAACAGUAGGAACAAUGCAAAUAGCCCUAACAUUUCCCUAAGCCAGUGUGUAGGGGGACAUUUAAAGAGACAACUCCUUUGUCCUGUAAAGCCUUAAGACCACAGUUUGUGCCAGAUCGAUGUAACUGUGGCUUGCAGGCUGUCAAUCAGAUUGUCAUGUUCACAAAAGCAGUGUUGGUCUUGGCAAACAUUUUCAACCUUCUGGGUGUCUGGUUUGCUUCUGGUAAGAAUAUUCUCUUGCUCUGGUCCUCUCUUAAGGCAUUAAUAAAAUACUGGAUUUCCCUUCUUGCGU